CAACCGAGCAUGAUUUCUCUCCGUCUGGCGACGCUUGCGGUCCACGGCCGGGCUGCCUCUGCGGCCAUAUCGCUCCGUCCCGCUCAAUUCUAUGCGCGCUGUGAGCGGGCGUCCCUGGUUCGCCAACGGCUGUUUUCCUCGAGUCCAGCGAGGCUCGCGGCUGCUCAAGGUCAAAGCACCAAGCCCGGCACCACCUGGAAGCCCAUUUCGAUCGGCGCUGGUGUCGCAAUCUUGGCUCUCUUCCAUCUCAUCCACAAGGAAAAGAGCGAGAAGCGUCGCGUCGCCCAGCAGACCGGCGUAUCUGUCGAGGGAUCACUGUUGAUCCACGCCUAUUCGCUGUUGCCUCUGCGACUGAUCUCGCGGGCAUGGGGAUGGCUCAACGGCCUGACGGUCCCCAUGAUUCUUCGAGAGCCACUCUACGGACUCUACUCCAAGGCCUUUGGCUGCCACCUGGACGAGAUGGCGGAUCCCGAUCUCAAGCACUACGACAAUCUCGGGGCCUUCUUUUAUCGCGAGCUCAAGGCCGGCGCUCGGCCCAUUGACGAGACCUCCAAGCUGGUCAGUCCUGCAGACGGACGGGUGCUGCAUUUUGGCCGAGUUGUGAAUGACCAAGUCGAGCAAAUCAAAGGCGUGACCUACUCGUUGGAUGCUCUGUUGGGCCAGCGCUCGUCCAGUGCGGAGCAGACCAAAGAUGAGGCCGUAUCGCUCCGGCCUGAGCACGACUGGACCAAGAUUCGGCCUGGAAACGAUCUGUUCUUCUGCGUGAUUUAUCUGGCGCCUGGCGACUACCAUCGCUUCCAUUCCCCCGCCGACUGGAUAGUUGAUACCCGCCGUCACUUUGUUGGCGAGCUCUAUUCGGUGUCGCCAUGGAUGGUUGAGCACCUCAAGAACCUGUUUGUGCUGAACGAGCGAAUCACCUUGCUCGGUAGCUGGAGCCACGGCUUCUUCUCGAUGGUCCCUGUUGGCGCCACCAACGUUGGAUCGAUUUGCAUCAACUACGAAAAGGGGUUGCAAACGAACCAGUUCAGCACGCCUCUGGGCACCUACGCCGAGCGUCUGUACGAACCUCAACAUGUGGCAAAGAAGGGCGAAGAAUUGGGUGGAUUCCGACUCGGAUCAACCGUGGUGUUGGUGUUUGAAGCCCCCAAGCAGUUUGAGUUUGCUGUGAGCAACGACGAGAAGACACCCGCCUUUGAGCCGACCCUCGUCGUCCUCCACACCCACGUUCUCAGUCUCCAAAUCCUCUCCACCUCAUUCGCGAUGGGCGUCCACUCCAUUCCCGUGACCUCCUCGGAUUCCAAGCCCGACGACUCGCAGCACCAGCCUGCUGCUGAGGAUGUGUCCAUGCCUCAGGCCGAGGAGAGCCCCCAGGACAUCUGGGAGUCCUCGGGCUCCAGUUCGAGCUCGGACUCAGACCCGGACUCCAACCUGCGCGGAUACGACUUGCAGCGCAAGAUCGAGUCCAAGCGUGCCAAGAUCGAAAGAAAGCGUGUCAAGCUCAACGCCAAGCUUGAGAAGCUUCGCGCUAUCGAAGAGUCUCUCGGCUCCUCUGCUCCCAAGAGCGCUGCCGACUCCGACAAGCCCCGCGAGUCGCCCAGCCUGAUUGACGCUGGUGAGCGUCUCGGCAACGAGCUGGACCGACUGGUCCGCGGUCUCUACGAAGCCGUCGCCGCCCGCCCUGAGCUCGGCGAGCAGUUCACCAAGGUUCUCAGCCAGGAUGCACUCGCGGCCGAGGAGGACACCAGCACGGCUGCCGGGGCCGUGGUGGUCGCGGCGGCCGAGGAGGACUCCACCACGGAUUCCCUGGUCACUUUGAUCCCAGCAGCGACCCCCGAUGCGCCUUUGGUCAAGAUCCCCGCGGUCCCUUUGGUCCCCAAGAUCCUCGAGGUCCGUUUGGUCCCCAAGAUCCUCGCGGUCCCUUUGGUCCUCAAGACCCCCGUGGCUCCUUCGGCCCUCGCGGUCCUCAUGGCCCUCAUGGCCCUCAUGGCCACCACGAUCCCUUUGGCCAUCGCGGCCACCACGGUCCCUUUGGCCACCACGCCCAUCAUGGCCAUCAUGGUCAUCAUGCGCGAGACUCGUGCCGCCUUCAAAGAGUUCAAGCGAUCCUUCAAAGAAGCCCAGCGUGACUAUCGCCGUGCCGCCAAGCAAGGCGAGGACGGCCAGCAAAUUCCGCCCGAAACUCAGCAGGAAUUCGAAAAGCUUACCCGUGAGGUCGAGCAGGACCUGAAUGGCCUCGAGAAUGACCUCAGGCAGGUGGAGCGCGACCUCGAGCAUAUCGGCGGCCAGCCCACCGUUGUUUCCUUUGCCGACCAGACCCAGAGCCCCGUCUCUGCUCAGGAGACCUAUCAAGAGGCUCUUCGUCUGCAGCGCCUCCGAUUCGAACAGCUCUAUCAGAAAUCGUCUGAGCCUCAUGCCGUGGCCACCCCACCCCUCCAAGAUCCCGUCGAGACCCGUCCCCGUCCCGCCAGCGGCAUUGCCAUCCAAAUCAUCUCCAGCCCCAGCCCUGCAAUCGAUUUGGAGUCGCUGACCAUCCCCGAGAUUCCCGCCGUGCCUGCCGUGCCUGCCGUGCCCACCAUUCCCGCGGCCCCGGUCGUGCCCCCUGUUUCGGGCGUUCCUGUUGUGCCAGCUGUUCCAGCUGUUCCGGCCGUUUCUGCUGUUCCGGCCCCGCCCGCCGUCCACUUCCAAGUUGCCGAGCCUAAUUUCAAGGCUGGCUUGAUCGAUAUUCCGACCAUCCCCAGCGUGCCUGCUGUGCCUGCUAUUCCUGCUGUGCCCGACAAGGCCCAGAUUUUCUACGCUACGGAUGCUACCUCGGACAUCAGCAACGAAGACACCGUCCUUGUCAACCGAGCCGAGGUGGUCUUUGAGCAGCAGGCGCAGGCUCUGCUUGCCAUGGGCUUCCAGGACGACGAGUUCAAUCGCAAGCUGCUCACUCUCCUCGCCGGCGAUAUCAACCGCUGCAUCGAGAUUCUCUCCCAGCCUUGA